GUUUGUUUAAAUAUGGCGGAAAAUGUUAAACUUUGUUCAUGCAUGUGAUCGUGAAUUUGGUUUUCUUUGGAGGAACAAACUAUAGAACAUGGUGUUAGAAUCAAAGACCCAGAAGAUUUAUAGGGACCCGUUUGCAGUUAAACCUUUACCAAAAGCACAUUAUCAUCCAAGUAAACACAAGUAUCUCUCCAAAAGUCAGAGAAAGACAGCUUUGGGUAGCCCAUUAAAGCAGAACGAUAAAGAAGACAACCAAACCAGUGCUGAGGAUGAAGUGUUUCUCAAGGGAGGUAACCGAUACCUCACUAAAACCCCUCCUCCUGAUGAUAAUGCUUCCUCAAAGUUUGAUGAAUCCUGGCCGAGCAGCGAGAGGCCUUCUUCUGUGGGUCUGACAGGCACAGAUGAUAGAAGUCCAUAUUCACUUCACAAAAUGUUAGAUUUAUAUGGGAAGAGAACGGAAGAUUACUCUGAUGUCAAACAGACCCUGUCAUUCACAGAGACAGAUUUAAAGGGUCCCCCAGGAGAAAGGACAUCCACACUUCAGAGGUAUGUAGAGAGAUUUCGGAGAGGAGAACCUAUGAGUAGAGAGGAAAGAGAGAGACAAACUGCAGCCAGCUCUAAGGACUUCUGGUGGAUUGACCCAUCAAAGACGGAGAAUGAUGAUAUAAAGAGACCCACUGUCAAAAAAGUGGUUGCGGGGUCCCCUUCUGACAAACUUACACAGCAGCUACAGGAAAGGGCAGACAGAUUACUGGAAAGAAGUGUUAGCACUGUUGCCUCGUCAGAGCCAAUUGUUAGUACAGACGGACUUGGGAGUUCUUAUGAUGGAACCAUUUCCAGUUUUGAAGAGCAACCUUACCGUCCAGCAUUUGCUAAAAAUUUUGAUGCUGGUCCCCCUAGAACACAAUACCAGGGAUUGAAUCGGGAACCAGCUGCCUAUUCCUAUCACACUGAUACGGGACCCAUUUUCCCACGUCCAACAAAACCUGUUCGACCAGAAGAUGACAUUCUGCAUCAGUGGAGAGUAAAACGUCGACUUGAGUCUGCUCGAGACAAGGCAGACAAAGCUCCAGCCAAUCAAAACACAUUCGGGUUUCUGUCUAAUCACCCUGAUGAGGAGGAAGUAAAGACAAAGUUAUCAGAAUUCAAAGAAAGACUGUCAGGGAAGAGGCCCCCUACAGAGCCCUGGCGAGUCCAUGGCGCUGUUCAGUUCACUCCUAAACCUGUGCCAAGUCCAGACUUUGCUGUUGAUCAUGGCUCUGAGUAUCAGCCAAAGCUGGAGCAGAAAGAGGGUAAUGAUUUGCCUCCAAUAGCAAGUCCCACCCUAGGGAGGCGUGGGAAACAGACAGGAGUGGAACCUCAUUUACAUCUUAUGUGUGACCUACUUCCAUGUCAGCACUCUCAACAGUAUAUAGAUAAAACACCAAGGUCACUGACAACAGAAAAGUUAAAACAGGAGGAGAGACAAACAAAAAUAUGUCAAAGUUCAAGGUCAGAUGAUAACGAAUGUAAAGGUGAAUCUGAUUCUUCUGAACUUGAAGACAGGACAGGGAGGUAUAAAUACUUAGAAGCAGAGAGACCUGAUGUGGAAGCAACAAAACCCAAAAGUAUGGAAAGUGAAAGUGAAAAUAGAACUAAAGAAAGUGCAUGUGGCAUUCAAAAGCGAAAGAAAAACCAAGACAUCAAACAUGUGAAGUCUGAUAUAAAACAUUCAAGUGAAAGCGGGACACAGGAGAAGGAUAGUGCUGAAGGAGAAGAAAGCAUUCCCAGACCAAGAGAGUGCCAUAGUCCUUCUAUGAAGAGAUCUGAGAGUGUUAACACCGCUGUAGGACAGGUGAUCAAGGACCGAUUAUUCACAUCAUCACUGAGCACAGUGAUGGACAGUGUAGACAGUAGUAUGCUAGAUCAAAACAGACAGAGUGUAGAGAUCACAGAGUCCACCAGGCUAUCUCAUCCAGAGUUAUCUCCUCCUGAUCCUAAACCACCCUCAGGAUUGUCUGCCCCUGAUUCCAGAAUGAAAGAUAAACAUCCAACAGAGACAAGGAGAGAGAGAAAGGUGAAGACAAAAUCCGUCCAAAAGGAGGCAGAGAGGGGGCAGAAUUUGGCAGAGUUAGAGAAUGAGGAGAGUUAUGAAUCAGAUGGGGAAUUCCCAGACGAUCGGCUGUUACAGAUUCUGCGUGCUCAGCGCUCACAAUUUGAAGAACAGCUUGAGCACAUUGACAAGCUUCUUCAAAAGUUAUCUCCCCUGUCUUGAUGUUUACAUGUAGAAUAAUUUUGUGUAUAUUAUGAUUCGUUAUUAUUAAAUUAUUAUAUAUAGUGUCUCAUCCUAA